CAAGAUUUCCCUACCCAAAGCAUACCAUUCACUAACAAAAACAUUACUGAGAGUGAAAUAUGAGGUCAAUCACAUACACAUCACUAUGUGCUGCAGCAAUCCUGGUGAUGAUCUUGGCCGGAUCGCAAGCCACGAUGGCCGUGACAUGCCAGGUUACAGAGCUGGCGCCGUGUGCGUCAGCCAUCUCAUCGUCAUCGCCACCGUCACAGCAGUGCUGCACGAAGUUAAAAGAGCAGAGACCAUGUCUAUGCCAAUACCUGAAGAACCCAAGCCUGAAGGCAUAUGUUUCGUCUCCUAAUGCUAAGAAGGUCUCCAAGACUUGUGGGGUUCCGGUUCCAAAGUGCUAGAAUAAUUAACUCACCCCAUGCAUGCGCUAUGUACUACUGUUUGUGUUCCUGUUAUCUUUUUUUUUUUUUUUUUUUUUUUUUUUUUUUUUUUUUU